AUGGAACUUACCUGGAGAGAAAACUUCGACUCCGUGGAGAUAAAGCUGAAAAAGGAAGCAAGCGGCGAUGUUGAACAGCGCAACAAAAGCGUCUUCUCUGAUGUCAGAUGCAUAGAGGACCUGUGCUUGUACGACGAACACGUAGUAGAACUGGAAAAGGCAAAAGACCUGCUCAUAUCAGACACGUACAUCAAAAUAAACCACAAGAAUAAAAUCAUGAACAUCGAUUUGUAUGACAAAAUAAGCAUGGACAAGGAGCACGUACAAGUUAGAGAAAACACCAACUUUAUUACCUUAAAUUUGAAGAAAAAAGAAAACAAAUUAUGGGGAUAUUUAAAUUACUUUAAUAUUUUCCUCUUAUACAAAAAUGCCACAUAUCCAAAUUUGAUCAAGUGCACAAAGGAACAAAAGAACAAAUUAGUUGCACAAGAGCAGACAUUCAAAUCGAUAAUUAAUGAUAGAAGAAUGAAUAGUUUAAAUGAGCUGAAGAAAAUGAUGAAGAGAAAUAAAAACUCGAGAGACGACUUUAUGAAGAAGCUACAGGAUGAUGCGCAAAAAAUACAAUCCCAGCUGGAAGAACAGAAAAAUGAGCUGAUCCGAAACAAGAAGGACGAAAUCAGAAAAAGAGCGAUUGAUUCAAUAUAUCAAGAUUGUGAUGAAGACGAAAUGAAGAAAUUGGAUCCGCACCAUGAGGUAGACACGGUUAAUCGCUCAGAUCGAAAUGUCGACAACCCUAAUGAGCUGCUCAUCUCUGAAGAAAAGAAAGCAAAUGAGAUAAAUGGCAAAGUGGAAGAACUCGUCCGAGAUAACACAGAAAAGAAUCAUCAAUUGGUAGUACCCUGCUCAGACAUUGUUAAGGAAAAACAGCCUAAUCUACUACUACUCCAAGAUCGAGGAACAAAAAAUAAGGUCAUAGAAUUGAAGUUUACUCAAAUGAAGAGAAACGAACUUCCUGCAAGAGAGUCCAGAAUGUUGAAGCAGAAACUACCCAGCUGCACGUCCACCAAAAAUUUCUUCCUGAUCGUUUUGAUAGAAAAGGCAAAGAAGCUGUACUUCAAGAACUCCGACUUUGUCAGCUGCUUGGAGACACUCAAAUCGGUAUCCUCCUACCUGCUCAUGGGACACGAACUAAGCAAAGAGGAACACAUAAAGGUGCUGAACAAUUGUUCCCUCCUCCACCUGCUGACGAACAACUUGGAAGAAUGCGUCCGCGCAUGUGACAGCUGUUUGCUCAUAAUAAAUCAAGAAGUAAAAUGUUACAAUGUGCAAGAUUCCAUUUUUGAGCAAAAUACACCAAAGGAUGGAAGUAGUAGUUAUAUGAAGACAUGGAACAUGUUAGAAAAAAUAAAAUCACAAAAUUAUGUUCAGUAUAUGUACAGUAUCUACACAAUUGUUAGUGCAAGAAAAGUACUUGCGUUGAUUAAACAAGGAGAAGAGACCCAAUUGGAAAAUGUAGAAAAAAUUUACCUCUCAGUUGAAGACAUAAAAAAAUAUUUACCAUGCCACAUUUUUGAGGAUUUCGAAAAAGGAAUUGUAAACGUUAGACUUUUCACCACCUUGCUGAGAGAACUACUCACCCUAAACUUGGAAAACAUUUCACACACGGACCAAAUAAAGCAUACACUAGAAGUAAUCAACAAGCAUAUGUUAGGGCAAUAUGUACGAUGGGACAUUUCUUUCUGUUUCUCCUGCACCAUGAUCAGAUCGUUUAGUUUAAAGAACCUCAACAGAUAUUACGAAAACGUUGUGAACAUUAUGCUGUGCAUUUUAGUCCUUAUAGAAAGAGAACAAGAAACUUAUUUGAAUCUCAAUAAUAUAGAACCUGGUGCAGCUUCCACUUUUACUCUUCUUCACGUAUAUCAGUUUCUUCUUCUCAUUAAAAAUGAAAGCAGCUUUUGUGACAAAAUGGGAGAAGUGGAGACCCUGGAUGCAGACCUAUUUGAUUCCCCUCAAAUGAGAGAAGAAAUUAUGCACAUUUUGACCAACUACUUGGUAGGAGGAUACACAGACCUGGAUUUUAUUCUUCAAAAUAAUCGUUGCUUGCGGGGGAUGCUGUCCGCCAUUUGUCGAAAUAAAGCUGAUACACUUGAACGAGAAACCCUGCAGACACGCCUCGAAAAGACUCAGAUGGAGGGCGCACUACCAAUUGAAAAGCACACAACGAAUGAGGGCCAAGAAAGCGAACAACUCUUCACCCUUAGGGACAUCCUCUUACAGAAAAUUCACUACAAAAUGAAAAAGGGAGAAAAAAUGAUUAAACAUUUCUGUACCGCAAAUACACACACAUACCAAGUGAAGGUCGAACUGUUUCCAAGUCUGACAGAGUACCUGAAGGUGAAGGAAAAAUGUGAGUUGCUCAAAAUAGAAAUGGUCACAAAAAUGAUAAAGUCCAUGUGCUAUACGCUAAAUAUAGUACAAAAAGUGCAUAAGGAAAAUGAAAAAAAAAAGACGCAGCUAAAGAGAGUUAUCUACACCCUACUAACUGAUUUAUCAUGGAGCAUCCAGAAUAUGAAACAUUCGCGUGGACAAACGGAAAAUGUGGUUGGUCUCCUGCUUCUCUACUUUUGCUUUUCCUUUAUUUAUAACUAUCCCAAGAAUGAAUUCAUCAUCGACACGCAUUACAAAAGAGUCAACGAGGAGACUCAUUCCAAGUACCUAUCCCUGAAUGAUGCUGCAGAAGAAGGAAAAACAUUUUCUAAAGACAAGUUAAAAAGCAUAUUAGAGAGAACUUUCCUAUAUAAAUUUUUCUUAGACUACAAAAAAUAUAUGGAUUUGGAAAAAAAAAAAAAAAAAAGUCUCAGUUCCGCAGAAAUUAUAUCACAACAUGAUCCUGAGCAUAACGCCAUGUUGCAAAGAAUUUUUUUUUUCAUCAAACAAAUUAAAAGAGAAUCAAAAGAGAAAGCAAAAAUACAUAGUCGCUACCCAAUAAUAGCCUUAAUCAACAACAAACACAUGCAGGAGUUACACCAGUUUGCUUCAUUCUUAGAGAAAAAAUAUUUCCAUUUGGAGUCUAUCAGAUGCAGAAUUUUGCUACUAAGUUCUUAUUACUAUUCCCCGUCCCUGUCGAAUUUUAGCCUUCCAUACAUAUGCGCAUUACGCACUAUUUUUGCCUUAUCCUUUUUCGAAACAUAUGAGCAAAGAAAACUUACACCAAAUAACAGCCUUACCAUCGCAUCAAAAAAAAAUUUGCAGAAAAUUGUAUCCCAUUUUACCGAUGCAGCGUCCCUCACAUUUAAGAAUAAAAAACGAGCCCACUUUUUACAAUCACUUCAAGAUGGUGACGUACCAAAAGCCUUAGUGUCUUACAUUCGAACUGUCCUAUGUAGACUUAAAAGGGUUAAAAUAGUCCGAACCAUUUAUACCUCUCUACGUCGCAUGCACGCGGAUGGCAGAAUUCGAGCAAACGUUCGGGACGUCGUUCUAAUCUAUUUGGACAACCUCUCCGUGGAUUUCCACAUUUUGAACCGCGUCCUCCAUUUCUGCAAGCAAGACGACCUAUAUCCCCCAUUGCUCCUUAAGGAAAAAGCGACAAAAAACCUUAGCAAUUUUAGUGACAUUUCCUGUUGCGCAAAAACCACAGAGCCACUUCCAAACAUGGAGCAAUAUAAGCAUGUGCUUAAUUAUUAUUACAAGAAAUUUCUAAGAACAAAAAUUUUCCUUUUAAGUGGUCAAUGUACUCUCUGCCUGUGA